GCGGGGGCGCUAGAGUUCUCUGACGGGCUGCAGAGACUCGCUGAAGGAGCGCUGCGCCCUUUACCUGACUUAUUUACCGGAGUUAUUUACCUGUUUUCAGUCUUUAUUUCUGCAUUUAUUAGUUUAAGACACGGAGUACAGGUGUAGUUUAACCUGCUCCGCCCGGGAGAGCGCAGUUACCGGAUAUUAACAGAAGCUAAACUACUUAACUAGCUAAGAUGCUAACAGGCUAACUAGUGUACUAGCGUUAGCGUUAGCCACAUUUAGCUAAAUAUAAACUCUCCUGUAUCAGAACUGUAACAGUUAUUAAUGUUAUUACAGCCUGCCGGGGUUAUUAAACUGUAUUAAUUAUAUUAAAACGCUUAUUUAGUGAUUCCUCUUUAAUCUACAGGUCUGAAUCUGAUCUGUGAGAAGGUUACUGCAGGAAAAAGACUUAGUUUAACUAAGUUUAGAGGAGUUAACUCCGAUUCUCAGCUCUAAUUCUCUGUUUUUAUCACUAUUUCUGCUCACUGAAGCACCUGGAGCACUAAUGUUCACUACAGACCCGGGUUUACUGCAGUAAAGUCUGUCCUACAGAUUAAAUCCUGAAGAUGGAAGCGAAUGGAAAACCCUCCACAGCUCAGAUCCUGCUUUUAGCCACCAGCUCUGCUCUCACUGCUGUACUUUACUCCAUAUACAAGAGGAAAGCAGGUCAUGUUUCCAGAUUAAAAGAAGCAAAGAAAAUCUCCCUGGAUCAGGAUCUGAAGAGCAUUCUGGCUGAAGCUCCAGGGAAAUGUAUUCCUUAUGCUGUUAUUGAAGGUGUUGUGCGAUCGGUGAAGGAGAGCUUAAACAGUCAGUUUGUGGAUAACUGUAAAGGCGUUAUUGAGAGACUGACACUGAAAGAAAAGAAGAUGGUAUGGAAUCGAACGACUCAUCUCUGGAACGACUGUGAGAAGGUUAUCCACCAGCGCACCAACACCGUGCCCUUUGACCUGGCGUCUCACGAUGACUGCAUCGCUGCCGCCGUGCGCGUGAUCCGCCCCCUGGACGCGGCCGAGUUGGAUCUGGAGACGACCUACGAGAACUUCCACCCCACCGUUCAGUCGCUCAGCAGCGUCAUCGGCCACUUCAUCAGCGGCGAGCGGCCGCAGGGCGUUCACGAGACGGAGGAGAUGCUGCGGCUCGGCGCCAGCGUGACCGGAGUCGGGGAGCUGGUGCUGGAGAACAGCCUGGUGCGGCUGCAGCCCCCCAAACAGGGCCUGCGGUACUUCCUGAGCCGGCUGGAUUACGAGGCGCUGGUGGGGAAGCAGGAGAGCGGCGUGGGGGUGUGGAGGGUCCUGACGCUGCUGGUGGGGUUGGCCGCCUGCACCACCCUGAUCUACAUCCUGUGGAAGCAGUACGUCUGGAGGAGGGAGCGGAGGAAGGAGCGCGGCGUGCUGGAGGAGUUUAAGGAGCAGCAGAGGAGGCGAAUGCGGGAGCUGAACCUGGACGAGGACGCCGUGUCCCCCAGCACCUGCACUGUCUGUCUCGCUCGGGACAGGUCCUGCGUCUUCCUGGAGUGUGGACACGUCUGUUCCUGCGAGCCCUGCUACCGAGCUCUCCCACAGCCCAGGAAAUGCCCCAUAUGUAGAGCAAACAUCGACAGGAUCGUCCCCCUGUACAACAGCUAACUGCGUCUCAGCCGUUAAUAACAGAUAGGAAAUUAAUGAAUUAUUAUAUAGAUUAUAUAUCCUGUCCCAUGACUUUAGGCACUUAAGUGUAUUUGUGUUGAAAUUAUGCUUCUUUUGUUUGGUGCUGGAACUUCAAGACCCCCAUCCGAAACUUUUCUGUUUAAACAUAAUAAAGAGUUUAUUAUGGAUAAUAUUUUACUGUAUAUUAUAAAGAGUUUAUUUGCAAAAACAGAUUUGAAAAAAAAUUAAAAGAAAAGUUGAUUUAUAUACAGUAAAAUUCUCUCUCUCAAUCUGCCCACAUCACACCCAUGUCUUUAUUAAAGUAUCACAGAUUUGUUGGGGGGGGGGGGGGGGGGGGGGGGGGUUAGGGUACAGUAUGAUGUUUGUUGGCUGAAAUUGAACAAGAAGCAGAAUUUGAGCACUAAACAUGUUUUAGCUGAUCAGUUAGACCUUCUACACCGGUGUUAAGCAGAAAACAGUUUUUUGUGUUUGCUUUAUAUUUUUUAUGUUAUUAUGAUACAUUAUAUAAUAAGUAUAUAUUUAUCUGGUUGUGACUGAGUGCCAUAAUCAGCCUGAUCAAAGUGAACUUUCUUCAGGUUCUGAAUUUAAGCCUUUAUGAUUUAUUUACCUGUGGGGCUUUUCUAUAGGCCUCUAUUAUAUAAUAUACCAGUGUAGAGAAAUAAACAUGGUGGAAAUAUUUGAAGAUCAUAAAUGAAUGUAUCGAGGUUUACUGUAGGCUCAGUUUAUGUGCAUAUUCACCCUUUUAUCUUUUUCACAUGAUUUAAAUUGAUGUGUAUGCAUUGCUUUGAAAUAUUUUAUUUUCAUAAAAUAAAAGGUUUCAAUAAAAGCAUUUCCUCCCCAGAAACUGUAGAUAUUCGUAUUAUACAAUAUAUUGUUUUCUAAACCAAAAAUAAAAAGUUCUGGUUCUGAA